GUUUUCUAUUCUAAAAAAAAAAAAAUGGUUCGAGAUACAAUAGAAGAAAUUAACUUUUAUCGCCUUUUAUUAAGUUGUGAACAUAAAUUAAAGCAGCAACCCAUUGAUGUUUGGGAUCCUUCCGAGAAGAGGAAAUUGGCUACAUAUGUAAAACAUCUUACAACACUUGAAAAGAAAAUACAGCCUUCUCAUAUAAAGUCAUUAACGGAUAGAAUGAAACAUUUAAAUACAGCAGUUAGUGAACAUACAAUGCAUAUGGACGUGGAAAAAGGAACAAUAGAAGCACGAUUAGUGAAAAAGAAACAUUUAGAAGAAUUAAAACAAUAUGAAAGGCCCGAUCCUGAAUGGUUAAUAGAUUUGAAGCAACAACAAGAGACAUUAGAAAAAGUGGAAGAGAAGAAGAACUUGUUGGAACAAGAAGGGAUGAAGGAACAAGAUAGUCCUACAUCUGUAAUAAAAGAAAAAGAACAAGCUAAUAAUGAAUUACGAUUAAGAAAUACACAUAAAGAAAAGAAUGCAGAGAUGGAGACAACAGCCAAUAUUGAACAUGUUUUACAACAUCAUCGACAGAUUCAUGAUGAAUUAACAACAGAUUUAAGUAAGAUGGCAGAACAAUUAAAAUUAAAUAGUCAAGCGUUUGGAGAAAGACUUUCAAAGGAUGAUGAAAUUUUAAGAGAAGCUUCAAGAGCAGUAGAAAAUAAUUUAGAUAGAAUGAGAACCGAAAAAGAAAGAUUAGAUGUACAUUAUUCCAAGUCCUGGAGCACCAGUUUUAUGACUUUGGGAGUUGUUUUAUUUGUUUGUAUUAUGUUUAUACUUGUCUUUUUUACAAUUCGAUUCUUACCAAAAGCCUCUUAAAGAAUAAAAAAAAUAAAAAUGAAUAAAUAAAAAAAAUAAAAAAUAAAAAAAAAAAAAUAAA